AUGGCAACCGACAACACCGACAGCCAGCCAACACUCAACGGCCUGAAGAAGCGUUUCAACCAGCACAGCCUGACCCGACGACGCAAGAUCAGUGUGCCUGAAGUCGGACCUAUGACCACAGUCCAAGAGCUCUCAAUGGACUCUCCAACAAUUCCUGGCCGCCCUCCUUUCCACGAGCGUUCCAUUAGUGCGCCUGGAAACUCCUUGAGGGAUUACAAUCUUACCGAUACCUUUCUAUUCGCAUCCAGUGAUGACGAGGGUCCUAGUCCCCAGGCUCCUAAGAAGAGCGCGAACGAGGCGGGUUCCCGAGUCGCAACUCCUACAUCACCACGCCAUCUUGCUCCCUUGGUCAUCCCUAGACGGGGUGCCCAUUCACCCCUACUUCGGCGCCAACAGUCUCUCAACUGCUUUCCCACAGUCAGCGAGACUUCACGACGUGGCCGUGGCAAUGGAUUAUCUCCCCAAAGCCGUUCCGCUAUUACCCCGACCUCAUCAAUGCCCGACCUUACAAUACCCAGCUCAGCAUCGACAGGUUCUACAACUCCUACUCCAGUCUCAGCGCCACCCUUAGAGACCCGAACUGAAUCUCCACAACUCGUUGAUGGAUAUUCUACUCCUCCCUUGGCCGUUCCCGACGCAGCCCGUGGAGGGCAUCGAAGGGGUGGUUCGGAAUCAUCGGUCAUGGAUAGGGGUCGCCCUAGGAAGAGACACGAUCAGCGAAGCAAUACCGGACCUAUUAUCCAGAGGGCGGAGUCGAAGCGGAGCAGGAGCUCAGAGCAGAACGCCUUUGAGAAGCUUCCCGUUGGUGUGAAACAUAGCGAUGCUAUGGAGCAACUUGAGCUGUCAGAACUUAUUCUACUCCAAAAGCAGGCGUACGAACAAGUUGGGCGAUUCGAGAUUCUGAAGGCCGAGGAUGUCGAGGCACUUUCCAAGGAACUCCGUCACUUGGACCAAAAAACCGAAUACCUUCGUCGUACUUACACAGCUCUUCGCUCUGGCCGCAAGAGUCUUCAUUCCCGUAUCUGCCAAUAUCUGCGCUCACCACGUGUCGCUAAGUUCAGCAACGAGUCAAUGCUCAAGCAGGAAGAGGCACUCACUGAGUUGGAUGCCUCAAUUGACGACUGGGUGAACAAGCUGGAACAGGCAGAAAACCGACGUACUCGGGUUCGUCAGAAGCUACUUGAGCACGUUGCUGCAGCAGUCUGCCUCCCUAUCGGUGGAUCAAACAUGACACAGGAGUCUCUAUUGAAUGUCACAUCCUCGUCAGGCAUUUGUGACAUCUCGACUCCGCCUCGAAGUCCCUCGAAAGAAACAUGUGUCUCGCCGCGUACCAUGAGCAGCUCACCGUCUCCUCAUCGUGUUGUGGCUCAAGUCCCAAGCACGAUCCUGGAGCAACCCGCCGUUGAGGAAGAGGCAAUGAGGGUAAAGGACGAACGCGUUAUGAGCAGCGGAUCUUUGAAUCAAUCCGAUGGGGAAAGCAUUCGCAUAUAUGCAGGCGAUGAUGUGUACACUCUAUUGGCAGAUGUCGAGGAUGAAAUCACUAGAAUGGGCAAGCCAGCAGCACAGGAGCCUGCCCCUCGCAACAAUGUCAUGGAAACGAAACGGAUCGCACUCAACCGCCAGAGGAGUCAUGAGCUACUCAACGGACGCUCUGGGGACAAUCACGGGAUGAAAAGACGUGAUUUCUCUGACUACCGCGCCAUCUCCCCUCUUGCCUCACCACCAACUACAACUACUUCACCUACUACACAGCAAACUGCACCACCAGAAGAAGGCCUGCCUCUUCUAGCGAACGUUGUCUAUCGACCUUGA